CCAGAUCAGUGUGUCUACGCGGAGCGGUCCAUAGUCCCGUUUGUAGGAGGUGUUCACGUUUCGUCUGCUAUUGGCACCAUGGAUGGUUCUGCAGAGAACAACAUUAAACAAAAUCAGAUGAAUGCAAGGAUGCAUUCGAGAUACUGUACUCAUGAAUCUAAGGCGAUUGUCUACCCAGACAAGGAGAGCACCUGCAAGUGGGCUUUGGGGAAGCCUGCUUCUGAAUCUCCGCAUCGCCACGUACAGAGGAAACCCUCUCCUAAGGUGUACCCAGACAUCUUGCACCAUGUGGGAAAUACCCCUAUGGUACACAUAAACAGGAUCAAGGCAGAGUAUGGUUUGGAGUGCAACCUGUUGGCCAAGUGUGAGUUCUUCAACCCAGGCGGCAGCGUGAAAGAUCGCAUUGGUCUGCGAAUGAUUGAAGAAGCUGAACAGGAUGGCAUUCUCAGGCCAGGCUCUGUCAUCAUUGAACCAACUUCUGGAAACACAGGCAUAGGCCUGGCAAUGGCAGCAGCCAUUCGUGGCUAUCGCUGCAUCAUCGUGCUUCCGGAGAAGAUGAGCCGCGAGAAGGUGGAUGUGCUGCGUGCGCUGGGUGCGGAGAUUGUGCGCACCCCUACCAGUGCUCGCUAUGAUUCAGCAGAGUCUCACAUCUCAGUUGCUUUUAAGCUCUGCAAAGAGAUCCCAAAUGCUGUUAUCCUCGACCAGCUGCAAUCACCACCUAAGAUGUUGCCUAAGAGUUACUUAGCACUCACAGCCACAAUUCAGCCGAUCUGGGAGUACCGUAACCCAGGCAAUCCACUUGCCCACUACGACUGUACUGCAGAGGAGAUCUUGGAGCAGUGUGAUGGCCACAUUGACAUGGUGGUCAUGGGAGCAGGCACGGGAGGAACCAUCUCGGGUGUUGCAAGAAAGGUCAAGGAGAAAGUGCCGCAUUGCAAGAUUGUUGGUGUGGACCCCCAUGGAUCUAUUUUAGCCUCUGGGGAAGUGAAUGAUCCAGAAGUGAAUUUUUAUGAAGUAGAAGGAAUUGGAUAUGACUUUGUCCCUACUGUCUUGGAUAGGGAGCUUGUUGACAAGUGGUAUAAAUGCGAUGACAAGGGUUCGUUUUUAAUGGCCAGGAAGUUGAUCAAGGAAGAGGGCUUGCUGUGCGGUGGCAGCAGUGGAUCUGCCAUGGCAGCAGCCGUAUUGGCGGCUAAGUCACUGAAGAAGGGCCAGACCUGCGUAGUUAUACUUCCUGAUGGAGUGAGGAACUACAUGACAAAGUUCCUCAGUGACCAAUGGAUGGUGGAAAGAGGAUACCUUGACAUGACAGCAGAAAUGAGUUCCAAGCACUGGUGGUGGAAUGAACCUGUGCGUACUCUACGUCUCAGUACACCAAUGGCAGUUCUACCGACUGUCACGUGCCAAGAAGUCAUCGAACUCAUGGGGAGUGGAAAUGUCGAACAGUUGCCUGUGGUGGAGACUGAUGGCACCUUAAUGGGCAUGGUGUCACUACAAAACAUCAUGUCCAAGCUCUUGGCAAAGGCAGUUGAUGCCCAGUCUGCCAUUUCCAUGGCCACCUCUGAGCAGGUUAGAAAGGUCACCUUAGACACAAGCCUUGGAAAGCUGUCCUCUAUCUUGCAGCAAGCCAAUUGUGCUGUGGUGGUUGCAGAACAGAUGCAAGUUGCAGGGACUACCUCAACGAGGAAAGAAGUUGUCAUAGGCCUUGUGACCAGCCUUGAUCUCCUUCGCUACAUUACAAGAGGAAUGAAGACGAUGCACAAUUCGCUCAAGCAAAAUGGUCAUUAAUGUACUAUAGUGUUAUAUCAAAUGUGCAGCAGACACGAAGCCUGCCCCCACUGUUGCCAAGGGUCCUGUCAGAAACCUGUGUGCCAACUCUUAUGACUCAAUGUUAGUUCACACUACACCGCACCUGUCCUCUCUCUGAACGACCCAAAUGUAUACCUCAAGCGUGUUUAAUAGACUUCACACUUGCUCAAAUGUUCUGCAAUGCCAAAUCGAUACUGUUCUUGCAAAAGCCACUUGGUUAGUUUCUUUUUUCUUUUUUCAUUUUAGUUUGGUUUAGUUAAUGAAUUUCUUUUGAUAAGUUUUUGUUUUAAAUGCUUUAUCUGGCAGAGCAGAGGGGCUAUCAGUAAGGUCUGGGACACUUUUUUUUUCUUUCUUUUUCGAAAAAAAUGGGGGGGGGGGAACAUCCUUUGAUCACCCUGCUGUCUGGUUUCUAAUAACCAUGACAUUUGAGAAAUGCAGUUUAUAUAUACCUCUUUUAAAUGUGGGUGGCAGAUAUCUGCUUUAUUUUGUGAUAUGCUCUAUCAUAUAUACUCUGUCGUAGUAAGAUUGCAGGUUCUUUGUACCAUGUAUUGAGACAGAUGACACCCCUUUGAAGAAGCCCGCAAGACUUUCACGUUUGCAUAUUUGCAUACCGUUUUCCAUUCUUAGUGAAGGUAGAACAUCACUACACUGAUGCAGGAUGGAGUUUAUUAUUGCUGCAAAGUGCAUAAACAUGCACAAAGCUCUUGAUUGCUUUAUAUGCUAGUAUUAAGACUACCAUUCAAUCUACAAAAUUGAGAACAAUUUAGAUGAAGGCAGGAGGCUUUUGAUAUUGGGUACGAAUCAUUUAACCACAGCUCAAAAAGUGAUAUUGUGCAUUCCUUUCUUGUAUUUUCUUAUAUCAUGUAAUUUCUUGGGUAUACAAAUACAUAUUUGUAGCACUUAUCAAUAAAUUGUUACGCACGUGGCAA